AUGGUCUUGUACGCCAAGGUCGGCGCGAACGACCGCCAAAGCACGUACGUUGGGAUCACGCCCGACACGUACGCCUCAACGAUCAACAGCAUGUGGAACUCAUUGCUCGCCCGCGCCAACGGCGACACGACCUUUCAGCUCUAUGUAUACGUCGAGAAGAGCGAGACACGAGCUCAGCAGAUUCGUCGUGCGACCGAGAAUCGGAUCCGCGAAGUCGCUGCGCGACUUGCUGCGCGGAUUAUGGACGUUCCCCGCGCACCCGAGGACGUGCCGGGUCCGGCUCAGCUCCGCUACCACGCCACUCACCUCGCGCGCCAAAUGGACGACCCCUUCGUGGAACGCGGCACGGUCGAAAGUUCCGGUCGUGUGUUUCCAGGCAAAGAAGCCGCUGGAGUCCCGCGCCGCGACCACGCGUAG